CAAUGCCGCUACACUUUUCAACAUUUUAUACGCCAGCCGGUAGGGCGCAGCAUUUGAUUGGCGGAUAAGACGGAUUUGGAUAUCAGUGUAGGAGUUAGGAAAGUGUAGCGGCUGCAGCAGCAACGAAAGUAUCCCAAAAUUACCAUAAGUGACAUGUCGAAUCGGCUGUGUUUGUGUUAAUUUGAGGAAAUAAUUUGUAGAAAUAAUUAUGGCGGGUUCUGCUCUUAGACGUUUAAUGGCAGAAUACAAACAAUUGACCCUGAAUCCUCCAGAAGGAAUAAUAGCCGGACCAAUUAACGAGGAAAAUUUUUUCGAAUGGGAAGCUUUGAUCACCGGACCCGAAGGAACUUGCUUUGAAGGCGGAGUAUUUCCAGCAAAGUUAAUUUUUCCCCCUGAUUAUCCCCUGAGUCCUCCAAAGAUGCAAUUCACCUGUGAGAUGUUUCAUCCGAACAUAUAUGCCGAUGGAAGAGUUUGCAUUAGCAUUCUUCAUGCGCCGGGAGAUGAUCCGAUGGGUUACGAAAGUAGCGCGGAAAGAUGGAGUCCUGUGCAGAGUGUAGAAAAAAUUUUAUUGAGCGUCGUGAGCAUGUUGGCAGAGCCUAAUGAUGAGAGCGGAGCUAACGUUGACGCGGCGAAAAUGUGGAGAGAAGAUCGCAUUGAAUUUGAGAGAAUUGCUCAGAAGCUAGUUAAAAAAACUCUUGGAAUUCCAAUAUAGUCUUGUAUCAUCAAAAUUAAUCGAAUAUAAUCUAUGUUCACCCAAUUGUUCUCAUAAUUUAUUUACUGCUUGUUAGAUUAUCGAAAUAAUUGUACAUAAAACGUUGAAUAUGGAAUUCAGAUUUUCAAAACUGUGUUAUUUCUGUGAUAUAUUUUUUUCCCUCUGUCGAUCUGUAUUUAAUGAUCAGUAAAGAACGCAAUUCGAAUGAAACAAGUUUCAUUCGAAUUUGCUUGAUCCAUUCAAUUUGAAUGGCUCCGAAAAAAUCUGAACAAAGAUACCAAUUUCAAAUUCAGCACAAAACUAUUAAAAACAAAAUUCCAGGUGUAGGUAAGUAUAUCGAAAAAAGACUGUUCGAACAUGAUAUAACAUGUAUUAAACAAAGUAAAUAAUUAUACGGCUGGUCUGUCCGUCAUGUAACAAUUAUUUGUUUCCUUGAAAGGAAUUAAUCAUUGUUCAAUGUGAAUUGAAAAAUUUGUCAAAUUGCUUGUUGUCAAACCAACGAUAGUGCCAUCUUUAGUUAGAGUUAUGAAGUCAACUUUCGUUGCACGAUAUAUUUGAUUUAUACAUUGUAUUGAUGAAUUAGGUAAACUAAUUUAUCUAAUUUAAAAUUUGUGAGACUCGUAAACACAUCUCAAUUCCAGAUUUGCUGUUUUGGGAUGAAAUUUGUUUCCCUAUGUAUUCGAUUCUGCGGCAGGAAAUCUUUUAUUUUCUAAAUUUCACUCAAAGUUUUCUUUUUUCUAAGGCUUAUGCAAUAUAUUAAUACGUAAGAGAUGUGCAAGUACCGCAGUGGUUUUACAAGGUUUUUUAUUUCUAUUUCAAUAAAAGGGGCUUUUCACUAUAGGUUUAUAACAGUC